ACCCACACCCACACCCACACCCACCCACACCCACACCCACACCCUGAUUCACGAAGAUAGAACGCAAGAGAGAGUGAUUUUUCGAUUUUUCUAUAAGAUCGUAAAGAACGUAAGAAUUGUCGGUAUCCAGGAGGUUAAAGAUACGUUCAUGUGUAUUCAUAUUGAAAUAGACAAUUUAUCUGAUGAUGAGAAACAAAACAAAUCAAGUGAAUUGAUAAAUAAAUUUGAACAUGCUUAUGCGGUAUUAUCCGAAUCAGUACAUGGUACAAGAAAAUCGAAAAAUAACGAUGAAUUGAUUAUUUGUUCGUAAGUUAUUCUUUUUUUUCUUUGAAAAAAUAAAAUAAGAAAAUGGUUUUAUUUUUUUUAUUUAGAAAUAAUUUAAAUGAUCAUCAAAUAUGUUUAUUAAAACGUAUUGGAAUACAUUUUCUCCUAGUUUAUGAAAACAAAAUUAAAGUUGAAAAAUAUUAA